AUGCUGCUGAACGGGGUCCAGGCACCCCAGGAAACAACGCUCACAUCUUUCUUCAAGCUGUGCACCCAAGAUAACUUUGCUCGCAAUUUACUUUACAACCAAAUUCCAAGUACUACACAUGGAACAGCAGGAACAAGAGUUGGAAUCGCCGUAAACAAAGGACAAAUUGUUCCAGAAAAAACAGGAAUCCGGUCUACUGAUGCUCUUGGCCGUGUCUACACCGUCCAUCCCAACAACUCCGAAUGCUUCCACCUUCGCCUAUUACUACAUGAAGUUAGAGGCCCAACAUCAUUCACGGAUUUGAGAACCGUUCAAGGAAGAGUCUGCAACACUUUCAAAGAGGCCUGCCAACUUCAAGGACUUCUGGAGAAUGACGAACACUGGAACACGGCGUUAGAAGAAGCAGCUGCAUCUCGAUCACCCAAGAUGAUGCGUAAUCUGUUUGCUGUAAUGCUUCAAACGUGCUCCAUGUCGGGCCCUGAACAGUUAUGGAUGAACCACAGGGAGAACCUGUCUGAAGACAUACUGCAUCAAGCAAGGAUCUAG